AUGUUGGCUCGAACCGGCACCAUCAUCAGAAAACAGCGACGUCGUUCUAGCGCUACCAGUAGAACUAGCAGCAGACGGGAGUCGGCGACCACCCCAACUCCCUCAAUCUGCCCGACCCCGUCACCGUCCGCUAGUUACAACACUUACAAUCAUGGAGGGAAUUUCUUACAAUAUCAUCAUUCUUCCGAGUUGUUUGCCUCGUCGCCUUUCUCAACCCCUGACCCCUCACCUGUAUCACUUGGUGGGGUCAAGGAUUUCAAGUUCAGUUUUGAUGUUACUGGAGUCAAAAGUCAUCUAACGCUUAGCAAGGUCAAUAACCCCAAGGGAAGCGAAACCGAAAAUGUUCAAGAAACAGAUGCAUCACACAGACGUGAAAAAACAUUAAAGCUUAGACUCACACAGAGCAGAAGAAAAUUUACCAUAAUAAAGGAUGGCGGGGUGAUCUAUAAUAAUAAUGUUGGUGAUGAAAAAGAGGAGGAAGAUAAUAGAGCAUCAGAGUCAAUUUGUGAAUGCAUUUUUCCGAUUCUCGUUAAGUGUAUACUUCCCCUGACUAUUGGCUUUAAACGCACACGUUUUCUGAUUAUUUAUUACAAGCCCAUCUACGAGAGUACAGUCAUCUGGGCAGAAGUGGAGGACGCAGAUCCUCACUAUUCACUGCUGGGGAGUUUGUGUGAGGCCAGCAUCGAAGCCAAACACCCUUGCGACUUUAUACACAGGGCAAUGUUUAUCAUUUGUGGAACAUGGCCAGUAACAGUUUUUACCUUGGUGUUGCUGGCGUUACCACUUGUUAUGACUGCUAUAG